AAACCUAACCAUGUGCAUAUUUAGUAUGCAAAACACCCCACAUCCGCCCAUCUGAAGUAUUUUCCUUCAGCCAUAUUUUUAUUCUCCUUUUUUUAAAUAUGUGAUAAGUUUACAGCGUUAAAAACUAAAUUUUCAUAGAAAUACAUUUUCAUUUGAAAGAAAUGCAAUUUAGAAAAAAAGCAGGAAACAAAACGUAGUUUACGUAACUAUAUGCAUGUAAAGAGUUAAGUUGUAGUAGUGAGGUUUAAGCUUUGGCAGCCGUAACUAACCGAUAACAAGCGUUGCUCCGCACAGGCGGCUGUCGUAAGAGCUUGACCUUCACACAAUGAUUUCUGUACGCAGUCUUUCCCGAAUUAUUCAGAAUGGAAGCCCUACUGUCCAGGCUGGAAAAUACCAGGCACUUAUUCAGCAAGUUAUCUGCAGAAAAUACUCUGCUGGAGCUGAAAAUGAUCUGGUGGUUAUCGGCUCUGGCCCUGGUGGUUAUGUGGCUUCCAUUAAAGCUGCCCAACUUGGUUUGAAGACUGUAUGUGUAGAAAAGAAUGCCACACUAGGGGGUACAUGUCUGAAUGUUGGAUGUAUCCCAUCCAAGGCUCUUCUCAACAACUCUUACCUCUAUCACCAAGCUGCAACAGACUUUGCAAACCGUGGCAUUGAAUGUUCAGACAUUACCCUCAAUCUACAGAAAAUGAUGAAGCAAAAGGAAACUGCAGUGUCCUCCCUGACUGCUGGUAUUGCACAUUUAUUCAAACAAAACAAGGUGACACGUGUUACGGGACAUGGUACCAUUACAGGAGUUAAUGAAGUCACUGUACUGAAAGAUGAUGGGUCACAAGAAAAGAUCUCUACCAAAAACAUACUCGUAGCCACUGGGUCAGAAGUCACUCCAUUUCCGGGUAUACCGGUGAAUGAAAAAAAUAUAGUGUCUUCAACAGGAGCUUUGUGUUUACAAGAAGUUCCUAAAGAGCUGAUCAUCAUUGGUGCUGGUGUCAUUGGUGUAGAAUUGGGAUCAGUGUGGUCAAGGCUUGGAGCUAAAGUCACACUAGUAGAAUUCAUGGGUCAUAUAGGAGGUCUUGGAAUAGAUAUGGAAAUCUCUAAAAAUAUGCAAAGAAUUCUUCAGAAGCAAGGUUUGAAGUUCCGUUUAGGUACCAAGGUGAUGGAUGCUUCAGAAGGAAGUGAUGGCAAGAUUUCAGUAUCACUAGAAGCUGUUAAAGAUGGAAAAACUGACCAGAUGUCUUGUGAUGUUCUUUUGGUCUGUGUUGGACGACGGCCUUAUACUGAGAAGCUGGGCUUAGAAAAUUUUGGCAUUCAGUUAGAUAACCGAGGACGAAUUCCCAUUAACAGCAGAUUCCAAACAUCAGUUCCUAACAUAUAUGCUAUUGGAGAUGUUGUCCAGGGCCCUAUGUUAGCUCAUAAAGCAGAAGACGAAGGUGUAGUCUGUGUUGAAGGUAUUUCUGGUGGAGCUGUUCAUAUUGACUACAACUGUGUGCCCUCUGUUGUAUACACUCACCCAGAGGUAGCUUGGAUUGGCAAAACAGAAGAGCAACUGAAAGAAGAAGGAGUGAGUUAUGUUGUUGGGAAGUUUCCAUUAAUGGCUAAUAGUCGAGCUAAGACUAACAAUGAUACUGAUGGCCUUGUGAAAGUCCUUGGACACAAAGAGACUGACCGAUUGUUAGGCGCACAUAUAAUUGGCUCUGUUGCUGGUGAGUUGAUUAAUGAAGCAGCUUUAGCUAUGGAAUAUGGAGCUUCUUGUGAAGAUAUUUCUAGAGUCUGUCAUGCCCACCCUACGGUUUCAGAAGCAUUCAGAGAGGCUAAUUUGGCAGCUUCUGCUGGGAAAGCAAUUAACUUCUGAUGAAACACUCCUACUUUGUUUUUGUUUUUUUUUAAUAGAAUACAGUAGAAACUAUUCAAAUGUUGCUCAGUUCCAGAUUAAAAAGAAUGAGACAUUUUAACAUCUAAUCAACCUGAUGACUCCACUCUUGCAAAAAGAAAAAAAAAAGAAAAAACUGAAUUUUUACAACUAUUUUCAUUUCACAUGAGUCAUUAGAGCCAGGUCCAUAUUUUCCUCUGGAAUCCUUAACACCUCUGUAUCCAUAAAAAGAUAAUUAAUAAAAUGUUACCAAGUUAUCUUGGUUGUCUAAAGCAA